AUGAGCGGGAUGGUGCUGCCCGGGACCCCCAUCGCCGUGGACUUCUGGAGCCUGCGGAGGGCGGCCGGCGCCCGCCUUUUCUUCCUGUCGCACAUGCACUCGGACCACACGGUGGGGUUGUCCAGCACCUGGAGCCGCCCGCUGUACUGCUCCCCGCUCACUGCCCGCCUCCUGCACCGCCGCCUGCAGGUGCCGAUGUGCUGGAUCCGGCCGCUGGAGGUGGGGCAGAGCCAUGUCGUGGGUGAGGUGACGGUGACGCUGAUCGACUCCAACCACUGCCCUGGCUCCGUUAUGUUCCUCUUUGAGGGCACCUUCGGCACCAUCCUCUACACAGGAGAUUUCCGCUACGCGAGUGCCAUGCAGUGCGAGCCAGCACUGAGGGGCCGCCACAUCGACCGCCUGUACCUGGACAACACGCACUGCCACCCCCAGCGGGCCCUGCCCUCGCGGGCACUGGCCACCCGCCAGGCUGCUCGCCUCAUCCGUGCCCACCCGCAGCACCACGUGGUCAUCGGUGUGUACACCCUGGGCAAGGAGACGCUGCUGGUGGACCUGGCUCUGGAGUUCAGCACGUGGGUGGUGGUGAGCCCCUGGCGCCUGGAGCAGAUGCGGCUGCUGGAGCUGCCGGAUGUGUUCACUGCCGAGGAGGGCGCGGGCUGGAUCCGCGCCGUGGAUGUCGCCGAGAUCCGCUGGGACACCCUGGUCACCUGGAACACGCUGCACCCCACCAUUGCCAUCAUCCCCACGGGCAGGCCCGUGAAGGUCACCCACCCCAACAUCCACCUCAUCCCAUACUCGGAUCACUCGUCCUUUGCGGAGCUGCGCGAGUUUGUGAAGUGGCUGAAACCCUGCUCCAUCAUCCCCAUUGUGAAGAGCGACAUGUGCCAGGGUUACUUUCAGGAAUACCUGAGCUCUGCUCCUCAGUGGCAGAUGGAAUGGGAGAUAAUGAAACAUCUGCUUGGUGGUGUGAAGUGCUCAGUCUGA